AUGAGCACACUCGCCGAGUUCGAGGCAGAGCUCGCCAGCCAAUAUGACGACCUCAAGACAUGCAACGAAAUGCUGGCGCUGGAUCCGACUUCAGAAGACGCCCUCGAGACCGUCCCCGUCCUGGAAGAAGCCAUCGCCGACCUCAAAGCCCAGAUCGCAGCGAAGAAGGUCGAACAGAGGGCAGCACCCCCUCCCCCACCACCGAGCGACGAUGCAGCAGUCACACCAAAGUACGACAUGAGCAAGCAUCCCAAGUUCCGCAAACAGUCCCCGGACGCCCCGCCUCCGCCGCCAGACGAAGCGCAGCAGACCACCUUUAACGUCAAAGACACCGUCAUGGCCAAGUGGGCAGAAGACAAGCAGUGGUACCAAGCGACCAUCGUCAGCAAGACCGGCAGCUCGACCGACCCAGUAUACAAAGUCACCUUCAAAGGCUACGGCAACACGGAGACGAAGCGCAAGCACGAGAUUCGCGCCUUCAUUGAUAACAGCAAGAAGCGCAAAGCUGACGGCUCUCCAGCAGUCUCCACGCCAACGGUACAGCCACCAGCGUCGCCAAAGCCAGCGCAGAACGGGAGUGUCAUCUCGGCAGCGCCAUCAGUUGACCCGACCCUCGUACAGAAGCGUGAGCCGAGCAAGGUCAGCGAUGGGCCCACGAGGAUGGCGCCGGAGCCGAAGAAGCUGAAGGGCAACAAGGUGCUCGAGAAAGGUAAGAGCAACUGGCAGGACUUCCAGAAGGCGGGGCCGAAGAAGACGGGGUUCGGGUCGUCAAAGUUGGGCAAAGAGAGUCAGUUCCGCACGCCGGAUCUGCCGAACGCGAGGGUCGGAUUCACGGGAUCAGGUAAACCGAUGCAGAAGGAUCAGGCGCGGAAGACGUGGAAGUACGGCGGCGGCAGCGGCGGAGGGGAGGAGUAUUGA